AUGGACUCCAGAAAGAGCCUGAAGGCUCAGACAACUCCGCGACCUGGUUACACUACUGGCAUCCUUCCCCCUCGCACCACCAGUCUGCCGCGUCCUCUGGUGAACGGCUCCGCGGAUCUGAUUUCCCGAGGCGGAGAAGAAGACAGCCAGGCCUCCAAAAUUGGACCCUCACAGCGCAGGGUCAUGGCCCACGCACCACAGACUCGUACCCUACCCACUGACACCAGCAGAUAUGGGGGCACACCCUCAGGAGGUACGUCGGGUGCCUUAACGGACGGCUACCGAAAUCACUCCAAUGUGACGCAGCACAGAGCCCGUUCGACCACACUCAGUGGCGGCUUACCGCCACCGUCCAUCUCUGGCCUUCGGCCGGUUAGUCGUUCGCCCGGCUACCUACUGCCCUCUGAGAUUGGUAGCCGCACUAUGGCUGUCAACGGUGGAGGUCGCAGUCGCUUUCCGCGGACUGCAUCCGAGGGACGCCGAACCGCCACUGCCGACUUUACACCUACUUCUUUGAGCGACGUGGACAGCUAUGGAGAAAUGCAGUUUCCUACAGUACAGAGCUGGUUGCGGUCACCGGUGCCAACUAGGGAACAAAAGGUGAGUACUGUCCAUCCUCUUGUUGUAGCAGAGUUCCUGUCUCCUUAG